AUGUCAGACAUCAAUUCAGACGAAUUUGAUCUUUCUGCUCUCAUCCUGCACAAUUCAACCACAGCUCCGUUCUUCAACUCGCCCUCAGGCUCUCCAGCACCAGAGCAAGAGCAGCAACCACAGGUCGAACAGCGACCCAUUUCAAAGCGUCGUGGGAAGAAACGAUCAUCCAGAGCUUGCACGACUUGUAGACAGAGAAAAGUCCGAUGCAACAUCAUAGCUCAUGGCGCUCCGUGUAGCAAUUGUCGCCAUGAUGAAAUUGACUGCAUUCUACCUUUGAGCCGUAGACAGCGAUCAGCUAAGGAGCGCGCGGAGAAGUCUCUGCGAGAGUCUCAGAAUGGAUCAGAAGCUGGUGAUAGAUGUCACGGUGGUGAAGAGCUCGAAGAAAUUUGCCAGAGUGUUGAGCAACCAGUGUCCAUUACAGCUCUCGCACCACAUGGUAUGAGAUUAUCAGAUCAUCCGUUAGCAGAAAUUCUGCCAACUGAAUCUACCUCAUCACAUGAACCUGUCUUACAAGCACCAACCACAAUGAGAAGCAGAGCUUGGAUUCAGAUUCAACCGCCACUAUCAACAGCACCAAUACCAAUGACGAGCACAAAAGCACCAGACCAACGACUUCCAAUUCUUCCAAAGGUUUUCACACCGUUCCCACAUCAUCUAGAAGUGGCAGAUCUCAUGUAUCUCCAUACUCGCGAUGCACUUACCCUUCCAUCCGAGUCUUUCCAAGUCGCAUUGCUGAAAGCAUAUGUCAAUUAUGUACAUGGAAGCAUGCCUAUUCUUGAUUUGGAAGAAUUUCUGACGGCGGUCAAGUAUGGAUAUGAAGGGCUCAAUGAACAGAGAGGCAAGAACGCCGAAAGAGAGCUUGCCGGCAGAGCCCAGAUCAAUUUUCUUCUAUUUCAAGCCGUAAUGUUUGCAGGUGCAGAGUUCGUGGAAUUAAAAGCGUUGAAGGCUGCGGGAUGGACGAACAGGGAGGACUGCAGGAGAAUAAUGUUUGGUAGAGUAAAGCUACUUUACGAUUUUGAUACGACAGCAGACCGAUUGCCAAUUGUUCAAUCUCUUCUUUUCAUGACCCUCUAUCAGUCAGAGCCAGUCAAACAUCAAGCGCACCGUGCAGCACCAGCAAAGGAUGCCAGUCACUACCUGAAUCUCGCAAUAUCUCUUUGCUAUUCUCUUGGACUACAUCGCAGCCUGCCACUUCCUGCUGGAACGACUUCAAAUAUGUGCUCCAUCCGAAAGCGAAAGCUGGAGCGCCGCAUUUUUUGGACAGCUUUCAUUCGUGAUCGGCUGGUUGCCAUAUCAGGAAAUGAAAGUUGGAAACAACCAGUACGAAUCAAGAAAGAAGACUGUGAAAUUCCCAUUAUUGCAAUGUCUGAUUUUGAUAUCAUGAGCGACGAAGAUGACGAGGAGCAUAUGCGAGAUAUUACAAACGCGCAAACAUACAUUGAGAAGGCUUGGUUGUGUUGGACUGGUAGUGAUACCACAUUUGGAUCUGCCGCCCUUACAGCUCCGUCACAACCAGCAUCAACAGCGGGGCCAACCUUCGAAUGGCAGCAGCUACAACAUCAAGCCGUGCCAUUUCAAAGCCCAGAAGUGACUUCUCGGCCCCCCGUGUGGCAGGAAGAAGAAUCACUCACUCAAAUGACAACAACAGCUUGCUCAUUUCCGUUCAUACCCCCAAGUUCUUCGCAAUUUCACAUAGCUCAUCCCGAGUUUCAUGAUGUCGAUAUGCUAGAUGAAGACGUUGAAUACGUAAAUCAAGCAGCCUCAUCCACAACAUCUUCGGAAUCGCCAGUGCCAACACCACCAGCCUUUGAGGAGUCAACAACAUUCAAGGCCGCGAAUGAAACUGUUAUCAAUCCUAUGAAUGCAGGCUAUGGUGUAGAUGGAGAAUACGAUGAUUUUCUUGAGCUACUGCGGCCUAGUAUUGAGGUUGUGACGCCAAAGGAAGCUGCUACUCCUAAUGUCGGGAAAAUUACUGUGGUCGGAAUCAACAGAGGGAUUAGGGAAAGAGGAACAGGUGGUAAGAUGGGAAGAGAUCGCAGAGAAGGACGAAGUCCGUGGGCGUUUGCGUUGGAGGUUGAUAAUGAUUGUGCGUUGUAG